AUGGAAAACGACGACUUCCCUGCAGUGCGUGAGCUUGGAUGGAAUCCACAAGAACUGUAUGGAUACUCCGCUGUGGGCGAUGAUACUACCACAUACCUUAACGGUACAGAUUGGGCAGCGUCUCCGUCACAGCUUGCAGGUGCUUCAGUGCAGCCUUGUAUGCCUCAAACAAGCCAGACGCUACUACCCCCACAGGCCGUCCAUCCUGAAGAUACACACGACCAACGAUGUUCUACCAUUCCGCUAGGACCCAAUCCCGGCUUUGCACCACACUUCUUUAUGCAGGAUGAGGAUCAUUCAAGCCUAUUUGCUUCGCAGAUAGAUCAGAAUGGUUAUCAGUAUCCACCAAUACCUGAUGCGAUCCCCAUGCCAGCUGCAUCGUAUAUGCCGCUGGACGAACAAGGUUCUCGCUCGUACCGACCUGGUUUGAUCACCGAGUACGAUGGAAAUCUCGAUACUUUGCUGGUCCAAGAUCCGAAUAUGGAAACAAUGAGAGCAUCCGCGCCGGGACAUAGCAUCACUGAAUGUCAAGCAAGGAACAAAUCCAAGUUCAUCCCUGCAAGAAAAUGGUCACCGUCCCGCAUCCGGACGAUCAGUCACGAACGACGUCCGAAGACCCUCCCUAGUCGAAUACCAUGGGACCAUAAAGGCAGGAAUAAUGCUGGUACGGCUCGUGAGCAGAUCGAAGACCUGCCGAUCAAGGCCCUGGUACAGCCGUUCUUAUGCGUGAAGGCCGUAGUCGAUCCUCGUGAAUUUGGAUAUGGGCCCGAGAUUGCCAUCAGUGUAGGCAGCAGAACUUCCCAUGCGAUAACAGUUAAUACUGGACAUCCUGGCUAUGGGGUCAAUUAUGGAUCUACUCCGUUCAAGGUGGUUGUGGCGGGAGAAGAUGGCAGCGUGGUCUUCACCUGGGACUGGUCGUGGGAUUGUGAUGGUCCUACUAACAGGGAGCGUUCAGUCGAGUUCAGCGACCAGACAAGCGAUGUGGUGACGAGUAUCGAAUAG